AUGGCCACUACCAGGCGACUUAAGAAGGAACUUGAAGAUAUUCGCAACUCAGGAAUCCAACAUUUCCGUAGCUUAAUAGUCGAUGAAACAAAUAUUUUGAACUGGCAAGGCCUCAUUGUUUCCGAUUGUCCACCAUAUGACAAAGGCGCUUUUCGAAUUGAGAUUAUUUUUCCUGCAGAGUAUCCUUUCAAACCACCAAAAAUCACUUUCAAGACAAAAAUUUACCAUCCAAACAUUGAUGACAAGGGCCAGGUCUGCCUACCCAUCAUAAGUCCUGAAAACUGGAAGCCAGCCACUAGAACGUCCCAAGUGAUUCACUCUCUGGUUGCUCUGGUGAACUCCCCAGAGCCUGAGCACCCACUGAGGGCCGAUCUAGCAGAAGAAUACACCAGAGAUCGGGCAAAGUUUAUGAAGAAUGCAGAAGAAUCUACGAAAAAAUACGGUGAAAAGCGACCAGUGGACUGA